CAGGGAAGCCCCAAAUUGCCAACUUCUGCACUUUCAAAAUUCACCGACAGUACCGCCAACUUGAAAUUUGUGUUCUAAUUUACAAAAUUAUUUUUUACGAUUUAACUGGGCGCGUUGACUUUGCAAUAUUUAACAAGUAAUAAGCGGAUGGGGCAAAUUGUGCCCUUUUUCUCGGAUUUUUACGUGCGGUCGCAACGCAAUUCGCGGUUGGCGCCACUGUGUAACCUAAAAAUCGUACGUUUCGUGUAAUGGACGUGUCAUUUUCGGUCGUGUUCAUGCUUAAUUCGCAUUAAUGGUAUUGUUAAGGCCAUUUGGUGAGACAGAGUUUGGAUUUUUAUUAUGUUGACGUCGUCCUCGCAUGUGUCCAACAAUGGCUCGUACUCGAAUGACAGGGGGGCCGGUCUGGAGGCUGAAUAUGUGGUUGAUCCGGCCUCCGGAGGCUUCUUCCACACCGAUUUCAAGAAGCACGACGACCUCAAGGAAAUGCUGGAUUCUAAUAAAGACAGUCUUAAGUUGGAGGCCAUGAAGCGCAUCAUUGGGAUGGUGGCGAAGGGGAGGGACGCGUCUAUGUUGUUCCCGGCUGUUGUCAAAAACGUUGUUUCUAAGAAUAUUGAAGUUAAGAAAUUGGUUUAUGUUUAUUUGGAGAGAUACGCGGAAGAGCAGCAGGAUUUGGCGCUACUGUCGAUUUCCACGUUUCAAAGAGCUUUAAAAGAACCGAAUCAGUUGAUACGAGCGGGCGCUUUGAGGGUGUUAUCAAGUAUUAGGGUUAAGAUGAUUUCGCCGAUUGUUAUGCUGGCGAUAAGGGACGCCUCGUCCGAUAUGUCCCCUUACGUGCGGAAAACAGCGGCCCAUGCUAUCCCCAAACUUUAUAGCUUAGAAAACGAGCUGAAAUCGGAACUAGUAACAAUAAUCCAGAAGCUCCUAGCUGACAAAACCGUUCUAGUGAUAGGUUCCGCCGUGAUGGCCUUCACAGAAGUGUGCCCCGAACGCGUGGACUUAAUCCACCAAGUCUACCGGAAACUUUGUGCCUUGUUAGUAGACGUGGACGAAUGGGGCCAAGUCACAAUCGUGAACAUGCUGACGCGCUACGCGCGCAUGCAGUUCGCCGACCCCAACCUCCACAGCCGCGGCGACGACUCCGACCGUCCAUUUUACGAUUCAGGUUCCGACUCCUCGGAGAAGCCGGCCCCCACGCUGGACCCCGACCACCGGCUGCUGCUGCGCUCGACGCGGCCCCUCCUGCAGUCGCGCAACGCCGCCGUGGUCAUGGCCGUGGCGCAGCUCUACCACCACGCCGCCCCCAAGAGCGAGAGCCCCCUGGCGGCCAAGGCGAUGGUGCGGCUGUUGCGCUCGCACGUCGAGGUGCAGAGCGUCGUUCUGAACGCCAUCGCCUCCAUCAGUGCCCAGAACAAGGGCAUGUUUGAGGCGUACUUGAAGAGCUUCUUCGUCCGGACGUCAGAUCCGACCAAUAUUAAGCUACUCAAACUUGAGAUUCUGACGAAUCUCACCACCGAUUCCAACGUCUCGAUUAUCUUGAGGGAGCUGCAAACUUACAUUUCCAACAGCGAUAAAAAGUUUGUAGCGGCCACGAUUCAGGCGAUAGGGCGGUGUGCAUGCUCUAUUAAUGAAGUCACGGACUCUUGUCUUAGCGGGCUUGUCUCCUUGCUUUCGAACAGAGACGAAGCCGUUGUUGCCGAAAGUGUGGUCGUUAUCAAAAAACUGCUUCAAACGCAGGCUGCCGACCCUAAAGAGAUAAUCACCCACAUGGCGCGACUCCUUGACAGCAUAACAGUGGCUCAGGCCCGCGCCGCAAUUCUGUGGCUACUUGGCGAACAUUCGCAAAAAGUCCCAAACAUAGCGCCUGACAUUCUCCGGAAAUUAGCCAAAACCUUCUCUGACGAACACGACAUUGUCAAAUUACAAGUAAUGAACUUGGCUGUAAAACUAUACAUAACAAACUCCGAACAAACGGCAUUAUUGUGCCAAUAUAUCUUUAAUUUGGCCCGGUAUGAUCAAAACUACGACAUUAGGGACAAAGCAAGGCUGUUUAAGCAGUUCAUACCGCAACAAAACGGCCGAAUUGCCUCCCAAUCGGCUAGGAUAUUCCUGGCAAGCAAGCCCGCACCCCUACUUCAGUCGCAUUUCAAAGACCACGAAGACUUGCAAUUGGGCUCCCUGUCGCACUAUAUCAAGCAACGAGCGACCGGCUAUGAGCCCCUGCCCCCGUUCCCGGAGAAUCCGCCCCCGGGUGACGUCCGAAACGUCGAACCAAUCGUAAUUGAAGACUCCAAAUCGUACAAAAAAUCGGACAAAAAGGGUAAAGACAUGUUCUUGUGGGAGUCGGGGAGUUCCCGGGGGGCUAGUAGCAACAACAGCUCGGACAGCUCCGACUCGUCUAGCUCUAGUAGCGACAGUUCGAGUGAAGACAGCGAAAGUCAAUAUGAGGAAGAAUCGUCAAGUGAUGAGAAGUCGGCGAGUUGCACUUCGAGCGAAGAGUCCAGCAGUGAGGAGAGUGAAGAAGAAGCGAAGAAACCCGAAGCACCAAAACCAAAAUCAAACUUAGACUUAUUGCUAGAUUUAGGCGACGUUGAUAGCACUGCACCCGUGAUGACCCCAUCACUGGGCGGGUUCCUAACACCGAGUGUCGUAAGCACGACACCUUCGCAGGUCGAAAUGACGCCCCCCGUUUUCACCAACACUAAAACCAUCGAACUUAUUAACAAAAUCAACGGGCGGGGGCUGUCGGCCACUUACAGGUUCACCCGGACGCCUCAUAUUUUAUCGCCAAGUAUGGCAAACAUCAAUAUAAUGUUCACCAACAACACCACCGAAGACAUCAGUGAUAUUAGGCUGGGAAAAAAGAAUUUAGGACUGGACAUGUCGAUGUAUGAGUUCGCAAACAUCGCCAGAUUGCCGCCAAACGGCUGCCUGCCCGCGUCGCUCGGGAUCGACUUCAACGACACGACCCAGCCGGCGAACUUCGAGAUCGUGUGCUCGUUGGGCAACUUCAGCGUCUGCAUAAAGCCGACCAUAGGCGAGCUGGUGCGCCCCGUCCGGAUGGACACCCCCACAUUCCAGGAAAAGCAGUCGAAGUUGGGCGGCAUGAACGAACAUAUCGGCAAAGUGAAGUGCGUCUCUAACAUCGUCGAAAGAGUCACCGAAUGCAGCAACUUGGGCGUGUGCGACCCAGCGAGCGACAGCCUGAGGUUCGCGGGCCAAACGCUGAAAUCGUCGAACUUCGUUCUGGUCACAAUAACCAAGCAGGAGGUGGUCACUGUCAAUUGCGAGAACAUGGUCUUUGGGUCCGUUAUGCUCAACGAACUGCUACAUAAUCUCAAGUCAUAAGUUGCUUCAGCGUAUUUGAUGUAUUGUACUUGUUUGUAACGGGAAAUACUUGAACAUAAUGUGCACUUGCUAAACGCCGAGCUUCCUUUUGCGUGAAUAUUAUGUUGGAUGUAUUUGCCACCUAGUUAUCACUUUUCUUUUUUAUCCUUUCAAAUAAAUAUUUAUGAGAA